AUGCGUGAUUCGGCAAACAGGCACACCUGCCCUUACUGCACUUACUCAGCUCCUUUUCCGAGCAAAGUCAAACGUCAUAUAAACAACAGACAUAGUGAGAUCAUUUACGAACGAUGCACCCCGGACAGCGUACCUUCCGCAUGUCCACGUGAUGUGCAUUCGAAGGUUUCUUCCGCAGGCGAUGUUUUGCGCCUUAUGUGUCCCCACUGCGACUUCAUUACAAGUGAUUUAGAGGAUUUCAAUUCGCAUUUGAUGAACGUUCACGAACGGGGAAUACUGUGUCCAAUGCCUGAUUGCACUAUUCAUGUUUUACUGGGUGAUUUGGAAAACCACUUGCAUUCGGUCCACGGACAAUCGGAUGUCAGUGAAGAAUAUGUUGGUGUGCAAGAGUUGGACUCAACUAGUUGUUCAUCAAUGCCCGCACCGAUAUCAAAAAGAUUAGCUAGUUGCACAACGGCAUCGAUAUCAGAAUGUGCAUCCACUUCAAACAAUUCGGACGAUCUACCGUCUGAUGGCGACGAACCUGACGUCCAUGAUAAAGCAUACUCUCAGUAUAGAAGAACUCGAAAAUAUGUCUGCAACUGGGAAGGUUGCGGGAAGGCUUUCGCGACUAAUGGUUUACUGGAGGACCACCUGAAUUAUCACAAAGGGCCGCCGAUGGCUGUUAUCUGUGCAAAGGACAAUCUAGCAGUAGAUGCAGCAUAG